AUGCUUUUUCUGCACCUUGCUUUGCUAGCUAUUCUCUCAGGCAGGGACAAUGUAGACGGAGUCCAGGACUGUAUCUCAUUCUAUCUUAUCCAGACCUCACCCUUUGCCAAUCACUCAGGGGCACAGAAUCAGGGCUCUGGUUGGCGGGAUGAGCUGCAGACUCACAGCUGAGAGAGUGAAACAGGUGCAGUAACUUUUCUGUACCCCUGGCCAAAGGGCAGCUUCAGCAAUGAGGAGAUGAUAGACCUGGAGCUGCUAUUCCAUGUCUAUUUGGUUGGAUUAACUCGGGCUAUUCAAGAUUAUGCCAGACAACUGAAAUUUGAAUAUCCCUUUGAAUUACAGAUGAGUGUUGGCUGUGAGCUGCAUUCUAGGAAACUACAAAAGGGUUUUUUUCAGGCAGCUUAUCAAGGAUCAGAUUUCUUGAGUUUCCAAACCAUGUCAUGGGUACCAUCUCCAGAGGGUAACAGUGGGGCCCAGAGUGUCUGUGAUCUAAUCAACCAGUAUGAAGGCAUCAAGGAAACAGUGCAUAAACUCAUCAGCAACAUUUGUCCCCAGUUUCUCUUGGAUCUCCUCGAUGCAGGCAAGAUGUAUCUCCAGAGGCAAGUGAGACCAGUGGCUUGCCUGACCAGUAUCCCCAUCCUUGGGUCAAGUCAGCUAUUGCUCGCUUGUCAUGUCUUUGGCUUCUACCCAAAGCCUGUUUUGGUGGUGUGGAUGUGGGGUGAACAGGAGCAGCCAGGAACUCAGCAAGGUAAUGUUCUGGCCAACAGGUGGGAUCCUCACAUGAUCAUGCAUGUGGAUGCUGAGGAGGCGACUGGCUUUUCUUGCCGGGUGAAGCAUAGCAGUCUAGGAGACCAGGACACCUUUCGGUAUCAUCUUUCCAUGAACUUGAUAUCAUUGGCAGUGAGAGUGCCCCUAAUGCUUUUGAUGAUCCUUGCAUUAUGGAUUAGGAAGCACUGUUCAUAUCAAGACAUCCCACGGGAUUCUUCACCAUGCCUUACCAAUCUGAAUGAGUACCCAACAGCCCAGAAGCCUAGGACAACAUAG